AUGUCUUCGUUGCAAGCUAAAGUUCCCGUGGAAAAUACGGGUACUGAAGCACAUUAUAUGUUGACCUUAUCGAAUACAAGCGACCUUCGAAUGAUGUUUAAGACUUACACACGUGUUGGUGGUAGGAACAUUGAGUUGACUGUAACAUUUGAGGAAGAACUAUAUUCAAAAGGCAACGAAGGAUUUGUUUUUUUUAUUAAUUUUGGAUUUUACAAAGAGGAGGAAAAGAAUGAACCUGAAUUUGCGAAGAAGCUUGCCUCGUUAGCUGAUCUGUUUGUCAAUGAUGCAUUUGGGACUGGACACAGAGCCCAUGCAUCAACAGAGGGUGUCACAAAAUUCUUGAAGCCAUCAGUUGCUGGUUUCCUUUUACAGAAGGAGCUGGACUACCUUGUUGGUGCAGUUUCAAGCCCCAAAAGGCCAUUCGCUGCCAUUGUGGGUGGUUCAAAGGUCUCUUCCAAGAUUGGAGUCAUUGAAUCACUCCUUGAGAAAUGUGACAUUCUCCUUCUUGGUGGUGGUAUGAUUUUCACAUUUUACAAGGCACAAGGCCUAUCAGUUGGUUCAUCCCUGGUAGAGGAAGAUAAGCUUGACCUUUCAACAUUACUCCUUGCAAACGCAAAGGUGAAGGAAGUGUCUCUUUUGUUACCUACUGAUGUGGUUAUUGCAGACAAGUUCGCCCCUGAUGCAAACAGCAAGAUUGUGCCAGCUUCUGCUAUUUCUGAUGGCUGGAUUGGAUUGGAUAUUCGACCUGAUUCCAUUAAGACAUUCAAUGACGCUUUGGAUACUACACAAACCAUCAUCUGGAAUGGACCGAUGGGAGUGUUUGAAUUUGACAAGUUUGCAGUCGGGACCGAGGCUAUUACAAAGAAGCUAGCAGAACUCAGUGGCAAGGGAGUGACAACAAUCAUAGGAGGCGGAGACUCCGUCGCUGCUGUAGAAAAGGUCGGAGUUGCUAAUGUCAUGAGCCACAUAUCAACAGGCGGUGGUGCCAGUUUAGAAUUGUUGGAAGGGAAGGAGCUUCCGGGUGUGAUUGCCCUGGAUGAGGCUACCCCGGUUGCCGUUUAAGAUCAAAUCCAAUUUUCGGUAAUUUAUCCGGUUUUGUAACCGAGAAAUAAAACGUUCUACGAUGAAAUGAGUUCUUGUUGUAAAUGUACACCUUAAAUCGCUAGAAGGACCCAUUUCUGUCUC